AUGGCAGAUCUCGAAAUAGUUUUGGCUGUCAUCCUGACUGUACUGGCCCUUGCUAUUCUGACUAUUCUGAUAGCAAGAUGGUCACGGCGUAGGAACAAUGGGGCACGGGUCUCCAGAUACGCUUCAGAACAGAGUAUUUCCCAUGGGAGACACAAAAGAGGAAGAGGUAAACAGUUUCGUUUCCUAUGCAGGACUGGCAGUGUUAUCAAUGAGGACACUCAUUGUGUCUCCUUUCCUUUAGGAUCUCGAUGCUCGUUUUCAUCUGAUAGCGAACUGACUCAAAAGACCUUCCUGCAAACUCCUGGACCUAUUGUGCAAUGCAUGGAUUCCAGUGAAAGCUGCACCCCUGAGGGAUCCAACGCCGUGAUACCCGUGGACAUAUGUUGUCAACCAGCACUGAAGCCCAGCUGUUGUCAACAGCUUGCAAUCAAACCUAGCUGCUGCCAGCCUUACCCGCCUUGUCUGCCGUGUAAGAAACUUAAGCCAGCCACUCACAGUUGCUCUCCCUUUUCAGCUCCACCAGAGACCUUGCCCUUACUAAUUACACAGAGAGCUUCAACAAAACGUGGACCACCUAUAAUACUGAAAAAGGCAUCAGAUUGCAAAGGCCAGAUGGUAAGACAUGGAGGGAGUGUAACCUUCCAGGGUAUCGGAGAGGACCAAAUAAAGUGCUGUAAGGAGUGGAGAAGAUGCCAGUGUGAAUACUGCUGUCCAAAGAGAUUCGAGUCCUACAGACGAGAACCCAUAUGGUGUGAAGAACCGGCUCCUCCUCCCUCUUCUCAGCAGCAGCAGCAGCAGCAGCAGCCUCCACCGCGAAGACAAGACUCUCAAGUAAGGGGUGGCCAAAGAAACGAAAGUGAAAUUGAUGCCCAGACCAUAUGCUAUGAAGAGCCAUUUCUUUUCAGAAGACUGGAGUCCCUGAUAAGGAGGAACCAAGACGGAAUAGUAAUAAAGCAGAAUGAAGAUGGCUUUCUGAUAAAGAAGGCGGAGGAAGGCAAACAGAAAAAGAAAACAUCCAAGAGGUCAUCAGUAAACCAAGAAACUGAUUCUGAUUCCAGCGCUAAGCAGACCGGAGAGGCUCCUCCCGAAAGUACAGCACCCCCAGAACAUCCAGAAGGAGAGGAGAAGAAACGCAAGAAAGACAAGAAGAAAAAGAAGAAAAAAGACGGCUGA